AUGUCUAAGGAUUUGUGUGAAUCAAUUAAUUUGAUCGAUCAAUCUUUUGAUGAUGAUCCGAAAACCGGGGGAGAAAAAUUUUAUGGGGGUUUAUUAAAUGCAAUUUUACCUAGUAAUAACUGUAGUAGUGAUGUCCCAAAACUUAUCUCUGAUUUUAUAGCAUUACUAAAAUUAUUUGAGGGUAUUAAUGAUGACGAUUUAGAGAGUGAUAAACUUGCUGAAUAUGCUAUUUUAUGGUUAAGUUAUAAACUAAAUCAAAAAAAACAAAAUGGAACCACCAAAUUAUACGAUUUUUAUACUGAAAAUAUAGAAAAAAAUAGUUGUUAUAAGGAUAAUAUAGAUACUGAUAGUGAUAGUAAGAUUAAAAAGGAUGUUAUAUGUAAAAAAAUAAAAUCGAUGAAUAUUGAUAUUAAAGAUAUAUCUAAUUUUUAUGAUGCAUUUAAAUCAUUAUGUAACAUGUAUAUUGAACUUGAUCCAGAAAAAAAUACUGAAUGCAAAACAUGUUUAGAAAAUGCUGAAGAAUUUUUUGAAAAAUAUGAAAAACUUAAAAAUGCUUUAAAUAUUAAUAAAGGAAGUUCUUAUUUUCAACUAUUGUCGAGUUUAUCAAAUGAUUAUAAAAAUUUAGAAAAUAAAUAUGAGAAUGUUGGAUGUAAUAAUGUCUCACCAUUUGUAGCUUGCCCACGAAGUUCAGUAACAAAAAAUAUACUAAUUACAAUUGCAAUUAUAUUUGUUGCAGCAUCAAUUUUAUUGGGAGUUUCUUAUAAGUAUUCGUUAUUUGGUUUUCGGAAACGAUCUCAAAAACAACAUUUAAGAGAAAUGUUAAAAAAAUAA